CCAAACUGAGCCAAUUGAAGAGAGAUUGAAGAGGCUUCUCAAGCUCUCAGUAUCGAAAUGAGAUAGCUUGGGAUCGCACAGAAAAACCAUAAACUGAUCGGUCUAAAGACUUCACUUUUGGGCAACCAGAGGACGUUGAGAUAAUAAGAGAGAAAGAUUGAUACGCUGUGGUCCGUCGCUCAGACGGACGGCGAAGGAGUGGAGCAGGUAACUAGUUUACAACUGUUUUCUACCGGCGUGAUGUUCCGCUUACCUUUUGUUUCAAAAGGUAGUCAACUCCUUUAUCCUAUCAUAGUUCGUGUCGGAGUCGGCUGUCCCUUUCUCUGUUCUCCUAUUCUGUUUUGGUUCUGGAUUCAGAGGGGAUAACCCUUAUAAAGUGACCGAACUUGAAUCCCUUUCUCAAUUCAACCAGAUCUCAUCUCUGUGUGGUCUCUUCAACAAUGACGAUGACGAGGGAAGAAGACAAAGAAAAAGCAGGACACGAUUGGAGCGAGUUGCCAUCGGAGCUAUUGGUAGAGAUCGGCCAACGGGUAAUCCUAUUGAAGGAGAAAAUCCGUAUUCGGGCUGUUUGCAGGACAUGGAGGAGAGACCUCGCCCAGCAGUUGCCUUUACUGUUCCGUCAAUCAUCGCCCACUCUGAUAUUGCCCUACUGCAGCAUCAAUAGUAAUAAGGGCGAGGAUGCUGGUGGUGGUUGCGUGAGCCAGGAAUGCCGCCUUCUUCGGGAUGUGGCGCACAACCAGCGUCACCAUAUCAGUUUUGGGGAAGGCUUAGAGGAAGCUACUUGCCGGGGAUCUGCAUUCGGAUGGCUGUUUAUGUUGCAGAGAACCCCUGUGUUGUUCAACCCUCUCUCAAGGGAUCAGAUUUCGCUCCCACCGAUCACAACAUUUCCGGAGGUGUUGGACUAUUGCCUAGAACGAGUGGGGGAAGAAUACCUGCUUCAGAGUUCCGACGGCUCCAAAGUAGUGGCAGGGAAACGAUAUUUGGAGUCUAUCUAUGUGCAGAGGAUUGCUAUGUCAGCAGAGCCCACUUCAGAGGACUGUGUUGUGAUGGCCCUCUGUAUUCGCGACCAACUGACGCGAUUAGCGUUUUGCAAGCCGGGAGAUGACAAAUGGACAUUGAUUCCCCAACCCAAUGGCGAACCGUUUGGCUUUGCGAACGUAGUAUUCUGCGGGGGUAAUUUUUAUGCCAAUGAUAACAGGGGGAGGGUUCUCAUUUGUGAUCUUACAAUCCCCAAGCUAUCCUUUUUGGUUACCGAAGCUGAUAUUGUCUGUCUGAACAGUUACCUACUUAUGGGUCCAGAUGACGAGCUGAUGUUUGUGUCGAGACUGGCAGAAGAAGAAGAUAUCGUCUUGGGAGUGGAUGAUGAUGACAGUGAAGUGAAUGCAGCAGGUAUUUACAAUGGAUUCCCAAUUCCUCACGUGCAUCAUGUAGAAGAAGAAGAAGAAGGACAAGGACAAGAAGAAGAGGAAGAAGAAGUUGAUAAUAAUGGCCUCGCCGAGGACAUAGCAGGUGUGGAAGAGGAUGGCCUAGGCCCUCUCGAAGAAGAAGAAGAAGUUGAUGGUCAUGAAGAGGAUGCAGCAGGUAUGUUGUACAUCAGGGAUUCCGACGAGUUGUUGCAGGCGCCUUGGAUGUAUUGGACAUUUGAUUUUAGAGUUUACAAACUCAACAAGGAUACAAAUGAAUGGGAUCAGGUUCAAACCAUUGGUGACUAUGCUUUGUUCUUAGGUACCAAUUCCCCUGCUUGCCUCUCUACCAAAGAUAAUUUGGGACUGAAAUCGAACUGCAUUUAUUUCACCGAUGACAAUUUCAACUCGCACUUCAGGCACAGGCAUGGUGGUCAUGAUAUGGGCAUAUACCAUCUGAGCGAUGACACCAUUGAGUCAUUCUAUUGUACCAACUCAAAUAGGCCUUUCCUAGUUUGGCCCCCACCUGUUUGGGUUUCGCGUUCUAUUUAUUAGCUCGUAAGAAAGUUCCUUCCAAAUGCAAUUUCUGUUUUCCCUGCUGUAUAAUGUAUCUGCUCUCUUCACUGUACCAUUGAUUCUAAUCCAUCUCUAUGUUCAACAUUAAGUUAUCAAUUAACUUUUGGUUAUAUGUAUUUUAUGGCCCUCUACACUAAAAAGAUUUCAAACAUGCUCUUCUACCCAAUCUGAAAUCUCUGACAUUGUAGUCUGUAGAGGCAGCUGAGUUAUGUAGGCACUUCCUCCACCAGUCACAUCUGUUUGAGGUUGAGCUCGAAAUCUGGGGUUGCGUUCUGAUUCGGAUCCUCGGGACUUGGGGGAGCCUCUCAAGUACAGUUCUUGGUGGAAGUUGUUGACUCUGUGAAAUAUGAGCUGAACAAGGUAUGGGUAAGUUCAGCUUGUUCUUGAAAUAUGACCGAUUAUAGUUUUUUCAUAUGUGGAUAUUUUAUACCCAUAUGCAUGCAAAUUGUCUAGUUAUUGAAAAUGCACUCGACUUGGUGCUUGAUUAGACCAAGAAACUAGAUUUCGUGGAAUGGCUGACCUAGUUAGUAAUGGUUUAACUUAAAGUGAAAAGUCUCGAGCCCGAAAAUUGCUAUGCCUAAGGAUGAACACUAAUUGUUUGGUAGUGCAGAACCAUCCACAGAUAAUGGGUGUUUUUGGUUCUCUUGGGUUGUCCACUCAAACAGACCAUGUUGAUCUUGCUGUGGUUGAUUGCUUGCUGGAUGAGGAAUGAAUGAUGAUGGAGAAAUUCAAUAGUGAUGAUGUACGGAUAAAACAUCUACGACACCCUAGGUUCUGGGUUCAAAUAUAGUAUUGACUUUUUUCCGAACUCUUGAUAAUUGGCGAGCCCUAAAUAAGUUUAAGUUACGGAUUUGUAAGAAAGAGGUUCAAACUUUAACUGACAUUAUAAUCGUCUUACUGCUAAUUGGAGCAUCAGAAUUACUAGCUCUCAGUUCAACCUGUGGUUGCCAUCCACGUCGUUAUUUGGACAAAGGAAGCUCAAUCGCAUUUUGCAUUUUACUGGUUAUCAGCCAAAUCCAGCAAUUGACCAUCAAGCACCAUGUCUCGAAUUUCAUGUGAGAGGCUCCAUCAUUCUGAUCUCUAUAACCUUGUUGGGCUCAUGGUUCCUGUCCAGACACCAAGGAACAAUUGAUUUCUGAAUCCUUCCAAGGGUUUUAGUUGUUAGCUCCUUCGUUUUCUAUUGGAUUAUACUCAUUUGAGACUCCGGCUUUCAUAUCUAGUUGGUUAAAGGAUUUUUCUCAAUACUGCACUUGAGAGAGAGAAAACAAGGUUAGCAUUCCAAAUAGUUCACUGAUGUCAUUAUUUUAUCUUGUUCAGAUCAGAUUACUGAUGAGAAUGUCUGGCGGCAACAUAUAUGGCAAACAUCAAGAGAAACAAAUACAUUUGUUGGUGGUAUUAUGACUCAUAAAAAUGAUGUUGUUCGAAUUCUUCCUCCUACAUUCCAGUUAAUGUAUUUUGUUGCACUCUACCAAGACACUCUGUUUGCAAUAGGAGGAUACAUUCAUAUUUACGCUUUUCAAAGUUCUUGGAUAUGUAACAUUCUCAUGCCUGACAUAUUAUCACCCAAGGAGUGGAUACCUAGUAGAAAGAUAAAUGUUCCAUUUACUAUGUGGAUACAUAUGAACUUGUUUUUCUCAAUCCCAUUUGUCUGUGACAGGCUUAUGUGUGAAUGCGAGGUUCUGAAUGCUGCCUCCUCUGUGAAAGAACUUCUGCAGUAUGCUGGUGUGAAAAUCGUACUUGACGAGUUAGACACGAGAAGCCUUGAGUGGAAGUUCCAUUUCUGAGAGAUGAAGGUAACCCCGUCUGAAGUCUGUGACAUUCAGUAUUUGGUCAUUUUAUGAUCUUGCCAAUGUCGAACUAGAUUCAACUUCACCUUGUUCUUUGCACAUACCACAUUUUUUAUUGCUGUUUAUAUAGAGAUCUGGAUGUGAAGCUUAAUGAAUAAAUCAAUUGAUGCCAUCUCCAUAUUUGGAAUGUGAAAGAUGAACCGUGAACAUAAAUAGAGAUGAAAUUUUGCUAGUACCUCUUGUUUGAAACAAGGCCUUGAUCUAAUUGUCUCCUGGGUUUUAAUGAAACUUCUUGUACUCAUUCCUGGAUUGGUCAUGCUUUCUACGCUGCCAGCUUGUUUGAAACAAUGUUUCUUAUGUUCGUUAAGUAUUCCCCAUCCCACUUCCCUUGAAAAGGAUUAUAACUUAGGAGCAGACCAGUAGCCGACUCGCAAGAAAAUCUUCGUGUCAAAGCUCCUCAUCAUUCCAUCUCUAAUAGGUCAAAACUGUGAGUUUUGCACAGAUCACUUUAUUUCCACACUUCAGCUUUCUUCUGCUGACCCUCACUCUUCAUAAGGAAGAAAGACUAAAAAUAAAUAAAAAUCAGUGAUCUUGGAAGAAUCUUUGCAGCUAGUCUCAGUAAGUUCUCAUUUUAAGGAAGGUCAUUUGUUGUGGUGAGGUCAGUCUGGGUGCAAGGUUUUGGAUUUCAUUUGUUGUGGUCAGGUUAUUUGUUGACUUUCUGGUGAUUCUUCCAUUGAUCUACCGAUCUGCCAACUCCAUUAUGCUGUUUUAACUAGUGACUCUCGUGAUCUACGGUGUUCUUCAGGUGAUCUUCUUCUCCCUUCUUCCGUGAGUUAGUGUGCACUGCCCGACGAACAUUCGCUUAGCUUUGUAGGACUAGUUGGUAUAGAUUAGGGCAUAGAAUCAUAGAGAUUAUCAGGUCAGUUUCUCAGAUUGGGAGGAGACAUUCCAUUGAGGAAGCUAGAACUCUGGUCGAGGCAAUGCCUAAUUGAUGUUGCGAUGUUUAUUCUCCCAUUCAGUAUAGCUAGGCAAUGUGCCUUGUUUUGGCCACCUCCUGCAGUGACACAGAGGCAUUUGUAUUGACUGCAAUCUUAUUGUUGUGCAGGAAAAGAUCAUGAGAGUGCAAUAUGGGGUUAAUAAAGAGUAUUUUAAGUACUCUCUUUUUCCUUGUAUUCUGCAAUCGGGUCACGACAUCUGCUGUAUCUGCUAUUUCUCUCGUGGUAAGGACUUCGCAUUAGUUGAUUGCCUUUCUGCUCAGUGGAUUUAAUUGUUUGGCGGACUUGAAUUGUUGAUAAUGAGAUGAUGGUUUAGAUAGGAUUGUAUUAGUUUUCAGGUUUCUUCCUUUUGCUCCAGUUUACAAGUACUACCUCAUAUCGAUUUCCAACAUAUUGACUACAACAUGUCAGUAUGAGGUAGGAAUGUUUCCUGGUCUCCAAAUUAAACACAUUUUUAAUAUUGUUGGUGAUCUGUAAAUUUUGUGUCAGACUGUAUGCAGGCAAAAAAUUGUUAAAUUUCCAAGCUUGAGUAUCAUUCAAAGAUUUGAGAGGUUCUUGCUGCAAUUAGUUUUGUUUUCUUCUGACUAUUGUCCUGCUACAGGCCCACAAGUAUGUUAGUUUUCCAGUCCAGACACUUGCGAAGUGUGCCAAGAUGAUU